CUAACAAAUAGCAGACGAAUUAAAACAAAAAUAAAAAUGUAGAAAAGCUCGAGUUCCUUUACUUCCGUAAUCUUUACAUUGUAACUUAGACAACUUGGUUUUUAUUUAUGUUUUCCGAUGUCAUCGAAAACGAAGAAGCGGUUUGACAGGCUGAUCAGUUGCGUUAAAUCCAAUAAUGUUGAACAACUGAAACAUUACGCAAGAAGAAGGAAGUAUGCUAAACUCCACCUGGACGAGAUAGGUGUCAACAAAAAAGGAGAAACAUUGUUACAUCUGGCGUGUCGACAAGGAAAACAUGAGAUUGUUGCGUUCUUGUUGGAAAAUUCUCUUGGAGACCCAACUUCAAUGGAUUGCAAGGGCAACACACCACUUCACCUGGCAUUGAAAGCUAUCAUGAAAAUUGACGGGAGAAAUGAAUAUUUAACUGCUUACAGGAAAAUGAUACUUGCUCAUCUUAAAGAAAUGGCUGUUUCAUUAACACAACCUAAUCUGGAAGGCCAAACUGCCAAAGAUCUUUUGGAUCUUGCUGAUUCUGUCUAUGAGUAUCAUUUAGGAGGAAAUGAAAAAAAGACAGAGUUUUCUCAACAGAAAGAUGAAAAAGAAUGGCAGAAGAAACUUUCAGCAGAACUAGAUGAUGAAUAUGGAAGUCACUGGGGAAAAUAUGAAGAAGAUUUUGUUCAAGAGGAUGUAAAUGAAACAGAAUCUUAUGACUCCUGGGCCAAAAGAAUGAUUGAUGAGCAUAAGAAAAAAAUGUCAUAUCAAAAGUUUCAUAUUACACCACCAUCCCCACCAAAAUUGAAGCCAUCCUGGUCUACGGAAGAUCAACAGCAAUUCUUGCGGGAUGAAGAAAUGCGGAAUGAAUUUCGAAAAAAGGCUAAAGCUACUCAAAAGCUUACUACAUUCCUUACCAAACUUAGUUUGUUGAUUCAAACUGAAGAUCAAAUUGAAAUAUCAGACCUCCCAUUUAAGCCCACAGAUGAUGUUGAAUCGAUUGGACAACUUAUAUUGGCGCACGUCAAGGAUUUGGUAGAUCCUGACGCCAAGAGGAAGGCAUUGCGCGAGCUGCAGCGACUUUGGCAUCCAGAUAAAUUUUCUCAGAAAUUUGGCGUGCGUUUAAAAGAAGAAAUACGUGAAAAUGUUAUGAAAAAAGUUACUGAAAUUUCUCAAUAUUUGAAUGCAUUUAACUGCGUUUCUACAGUCACUAACAAGUGAAAGUGACAAAAUUCUUGUGCUGUGUAAAUAAAAAAAAACAUUAAAUAUUUUCCAGAAAGUAA